AUGGUUCAUGAUCUCUCGGGGCUGGAUGAGGAUCUACCUGAUGCUCCUACUGUUCCUGAGCGGGAAACGGGGCGUUCAAAUGAAGGAGACGAUAGGGGUAAUGAUCUGGCGAGAAAAAGAUUAGACCAGAUCAUCGACAUUUGGGAGGAUUUCGUGACUCAAGUACCACAGCCGCCAGUCUUUCAUACCUCGGCUCAAGCCAGUAUAAAUGGUAUGAGCUCGUCAUCUUCUGCACGUGUUGAGCCAACGCAUACGGAUGCAGCAUCUUCAGUAGGGGAACUACAGCUCAGUAUCCCGGUUAUGCAACGCGUGGCCUUGACUAAAAUACUUGCCGCGUUGGACGAGUUCAGUAAAGCCCGAUCACACCAAGACUGGAGCGUCGGCAGCCGUGCCGAUGCAGCGUACGACAAGAGUUCGUACGACUUGACGCCCAGCGACAUAAUUAAUGUCCUCGCAGCACCACAUCCUCUCAUAUCGAGUUUUCACUGGUCCAACUCGACGCUUGCGACGUCUCGGUCAACGGAAACGAUAAGUAUGGAGCUGCUUGACGGCAAGAUGCAGAAUGAAUCAAAGACAUUACCAUACAAGAUCAUCCUAAAUUUCCAGGCUGCUAUGUUACUUGAUCGACAAGAAGAGCUUCCGGGCGGGAUACGGGAACAUAUCGAAUUGAUCAAGAGACGGAAGUUCCAUGACGUCUUAUCGAAAUUGGAUCAGAUUAGUCUCCGUACUCCGCCGUCGUUGCAUAUGCUACGGGCACAAUGUAUGGGUGUAGUGAUCCUUCAACUUUUUGGGAAUGUGCCCGAGGCAUGGAGCAUGAUGAUCGCUGCGUCACGGACCUUCGUCGGUCUGGGCUACGACGCUUUUCAAGUUGAUGGGCAAAUAUCAAAUGAAGAUCGCGAAGCAUGUAUUGUGUGGUGUUAUCAGCUAGAUCGGUCAAUGAGUUUACUUCUGCGUCGUCCCCCAUUGUUACCGAAAUCAGCUAUACCGCCUCAAUUUUCUCGAAUUCCAUUAGACGAUGGGAUCGACUGGAGUCUCCAGUUCAUUCAAUUGAGUCUAGAUCUUACGCAUAUCCAGGGGUUGAUAUCAUUUCUUACAAGUGACUCGGGCAAGAAAAUGCACUGGACGGAUCUUGAGCCUUUGCAUAACGAAUUGAACAAACUAUGGGAGCGUCUUGACACUUGGGAAGUUGAAAGCCCUGCCAGCGUAUCUGAUGUAUUCGUUCAUGAUUUAGACCAUCUCCGUUUCAGAGGGUAUGCAACUCAGACGAUACUACUGCAGACGUCAACCGACGUAGCCAAGAGCAGUCUAUUACAACGAGUAGCAGUGGAUUGUGCUCGAAAGUGCUUUGAGUCUUUGCGAGAUUUGACCAGGAAUGAGCAGAAACUCGAGAUGAUUGAUUUGAGCUGGGAUGCCCUUCUCUACUCUAUUUCUCCGUUAUGCGUCCUCUCCUACAACAUCAUGCGCACCCGCGACGUAACAGAUCUUAAACUUCUAGAAGACUUUGCGAGGUUCAUAUCCGUGCGCAUCAUUGGAACGUCGACAGACAACAACCCGCUCGCUACUCGCAUUUACAGUCUCUAUAGAUCGAUUAUUAAUACCUGCCGUCCGCUCGUUUCUGCUGCUCCCCCUCCCACAACGGCAGGUCAACCUGCUUACUCUACAAACCACACUCCGCACAGGAAAAACUUUAUGAAUUUUGAGCAUUUCUUUGGCGGCAUUGGUUCGGCCACGGGGUCAUCGUUGAGUAGCAGCACCAAGGAGAUGAGUCAGAAUCGCAAUGGGAGAAGUGCAACCAACGCCAUUGUCGAGGGAAACGGUACUCAAAUUGACGACGGCAUUGAAGAUGCGAACGUCACCGAGGGGCGGUUUAUGGAGUUGCUUAUGUAUCGGGUCAAGAUAGGAUGGAGCGAUUAA